CCCUUCCCCUUAUAGGAGGAAAUAAGUGGAUUGAGAAGAUUUUCAUAGAAGUUGUGAGACGGGGUUUGUAACAUGAGGUCUGCAGAACAUGUAUCUUUUUCCCCAAGAGUAUUGUCUGGGUCACUGGCAGACAGUGAACACGCAUGUGAAUACAAAUGGAUCACGGUGUGGGAGGGGGAAGAAGGAGGCAGGGGAGGAGAUGAGCCAGGCAGUGUGGGCAUCGGGUGUUGAGAGGAACCCAGAGAUAGCCCUUGAAUUUCAACACUCAGCAACCUCUUACAGCAGGAUGGGCUGGGAUGGGAGCUGAUUUGAAGUUUGACAAAACAAUAUCAGCAGCAGUUGGCAAGGCUGAGUUCAUGAACUAUUUACUGAUGAAGACUAUUAUCCUGCCCAAAUGACAGGAAUCGUUCAGUGUAGGAUGUGCCACUUGCAGUUUCCAGGAGAGAAGUGUUCCAGAGGCAGAGGAAUAUGCAUUGUAACAAGUGAAGAGUCUUGCACAACUGGCAGGAUUUCCAAGAAAGACGGUACUCCAUGGUUAAUGUUCAUGGGCUGCCUGAAGAGCUGUGCUAAUGUGGGCAAAAUAAAAUGGAGUGUCUACUUGGUGGAGUUCAGGUGCUGCCGGGGCUAUGACUUCUGCAAUGAAUACCUAUAGAGAUUGCCUGUCCUUCAGUAGCUCCAAUCUCUGGAUGAUACUGUUGCCUCCGCCUCCUUGCAAUGAUUUCUUAAAAAGCCACAUUUCCGGUUGCAAACACAUGGUUCUGCCUUCUGCGUGUGUAAGAAAAAGUCCUCUCCUUUUCUAGACUUUCUCUCUUGAUCCCUGGUGGCAGGUGGGAUUUGGGGAAGGGGGGAGGACAAACACCUUGGGAGUAAGAUCAAUGUCUCCCACAGGUUAUUGCAAAACCCAGUGCUUCUACUGUGUAGCCUAAGGUGCUUCCAGAAAGGGAAGACGAGAAUCGGGGGCAAUUCUUUUCCCGACCUUUCCCCUUCUUUCUGAGGCAGGAUAUGUUCCUUCCUUUCUUCUUCUUAAAUGUUUAUAUCUCUUGGUAUUAUCCUUCCUAUCUCACUCCCACGAACGCUUAUAACCCUGGCCUCACAGGGAGGGAAGUAGCAAAAUGAAGAGCUGGCCUGAGUCUUCUUGAAUUUUGUUCACGAAUGCUAUUCCUAGGGUGAGGAGAAGGGUAGAGCGUAGAAAAGAAUUUGCAUCAGAAUCCUGAAGAAAGAAUAAUUUUCUGCCUUCCAGAAUGAGACUCUCUUCAGGGUUACGGGUUGGAGAAGAAGUGGAGAAGUCAGCUAUGGGAUCUAAAGACAGUAACUUAUACCCUGCUUCCCUGGCAAACUCACCAGAAAGCACCCUUAGAUAUGCAAGAGCUGUGGGAUACUUUCAAGGAGAUGAGUCCAGAAGGAGUAGCCACACAAAUGUUACCAUGUGUCUAGCAUUGCAUGAAAGAAGCUGAAAUUUGUGGGAUCUGAGUAAGCCAUGUGAGUCUGGCCCCUGGACGUCUCAACAGCAAUCUCUGUACAGAGCUGUCCCCAUGAGCAGAUGCCUCUCCCCUUCCCCCACUCUACACACACUCAGGCUUUCCGCUCUGUCUAGUUCUAGUACCCUGGAAAAAUAGGAGUGAGCAUGAGCAUGCGCACAGGAUUGAGACUAAUUUCUAACAGCCUGGUAGGCUGAGGCCUAUUUAUGUGAUUAUGUAAAUAUAAAUUCACUUUUCCUGUUUUGUUCAACUGAUUAUCAUUUGUUACUGAAUCUAGAACUAGGGUGUGUGUUCAGGGUCUGUAUUCUGCCACUGUUCCCUCUACUUCCUAUGUUUUUCCCUCCAAAAUGUUAAGAACAGAGAUGUAGUCCAAUUGGACAAGAAAAUUAGGAAGUGUUGUACAUGCGACAAUAUAGGAGUCAGAAUCUCAUGAAAACCAAAGAUGGGAAACACAAUAGGGCAAGGCUCAGAAAGAUUGGACCUAGAAAGCUAGUCUGGGUAGGAUGAAGGUCUGGGGGCUUUGCCAGAAUGAUUUAGGAAGCUUCACUUCAAACUUAGCUAUAAAUGUGUGUUGGUCAACCUCCAGCUGUCAGUAUCACUCUGUAUCUAUCUGCUACUCUUCCCUACUCUUCCCGCCACUGGCUAACUUCUUCACUCUACAUUGUUUCUCUCCUCUAAUUUGAAGUUUCCAAUUUUGACUUGCUUGGGACUAUUCUGGGCGCUAAUUACACAUCACAGUAAUUCCCCUGGUAAAGCACUUCAUCGUUGGAGCCUACUGCCAGCACCUCCGUUCUCUCCAUAUAGACUAAUCCUGAAUGGAAGAAUCUAGCAUAUUUUCUGCUUCUCAUGAUACUAAAGUAUAACACUCCUGCUAACAUGAUACAAUUUGGAGGAAAUCCAAGCAUACAUAUAUUGCAAACUUUUCAAAAUUAAUUUGUCUUUUAAAAUAU